AUGCCUAUUGUAUCCCAAAGGAAGCGCGCCUUGCGCGGUCUAAGAGAGGGUAUUCGAGCUGCUGCACUCAGCGAGAAUAUCUCUUUCUUCUUCGAUGUUUUUGAUGACGAUGAAAUGCCUUCGCUGGAGAUGCCAGAUCUCAAUGACGACAUGAUGAUGGAGUUUAUUGAGGCGUAUUGGUUCAUAAGUAGAUCGCGCUAUCUAAACAAGAGGGAGCCAGUACCUCGUGCCCCAGAUGCCCUGGACUUCUGGCUGCAGAAACUCGAUGAAGGACGCUUCGUCCAAGACUUUCGCGUCACAAGAUUUCAGUUUGCACAGAUCGUAGAGUUGAUUCAAGGUCACCCCGUAUUCUUCAACAACUCUAAUGUUCCACAGACACCAGCAUGGUGUCAGCUACUGGUUGCACUGUAUCGGUUACGCGCAUCCACGUGGCGCUUCACAGUCUGA